UCUGUACUAUUCUGUGGUUGUGUUCCGAAAAAGCUAAAAUUUUUCAUUGAAUUUUACUAAGUUAAAAUCAUGGGUUUUGGUGAUUAUCCAAAAGAAUACAACCCAGCUGUUCAUGGGCCUUACGACCCUGCUCGUUAUUAUGGAAAACCUGAUACUCCUUUUGGACAACUGAAAAUCAGCGAGAUUGGCUCCUGGUUUGCACGAAGGAAUAAGUCACCAUCAGCUGUAGCUGGUGCUUGCAGCAGAGCUUGGUGGAGAUGGCAGCAUAAGUACAUGCAGCCCAAGAAAGUGGGCAUGGCGCCAUUGUUCCAGCUUCUUGUUGGAUCAAUGACUUUCUUCUAUGUUAUUAAUUAUGGAAAGAUGAAGCACCACAGGAACUACAAAUACCACUAAAGGGAGAGCAUACACCUUAUAGUCUGAUAUUUAAAACAUCUGUUUAUGUUUGGAAUGUCUGCAUGCCAAUAUUUAUCUACGUAAUAGUUCUCAUGUCAUAACCACAAUAAAAAUAGUCAAA